CUGUUUAGAGACAAACUGGAUGAAACAUAUGCCUUGCUAGUCGCUGAGAGGGAAAGAGUUUCGGUGACUGAAGAUCAGCUUCGUUCGUUCCAAUCUGCAGGUGGAAGCGGUUUCAACAUGUCAAUGAUAAAUGAACAGGCGAUUGUACGAGAAAUGCAAGACAAGGCGGAGUAUGCGAAGCUAUUGGAAUCGGAGCUUCAGCUGGAGAACACUCGUCAGAAACUCGAAGAUGUGACCAAGGACCUGAGAACGCAUGAAGAAAUCAUCAAUGUGUUGAAAGAGGAGGAUAUGGAAGGCAGGCGCGUAAUCGCGGAGAAGGAAAGGAAGAUCAAUGAGCUGGAAGAAAUGGUUCGCAGUAUGGGUUUGGAACGUUGCGAAGUGAAUCACUGUUAG